GCGCAGAAUAGAUUCUAUGCUCUCUGCGUGCAACACCACGGGAGCAAUAAUGCUUUGGUGAUACUUGCAAAAGUGAUAGGUACAGAAUUUUGAUUGAUGUUCUGUUGAAAAUGGCUGUGUACAAUGUGUUUAGUUCAUGUAUUUGCUACAACUACAAAACGUAUGUUUGCUCUAAAGCUACUGUUGUUCUUGUUAUACUAUCCGUAAUGACAGUGAUAUUUCCUCUGAUAUUUACCUACAAAAGUCACGGCUUCUGGCAGAGGACAGACACUUACCAGGAACAACCUAAGGUUAAUUUCUUGUACGAUUAUGUGAUAUUUUUUGAUGUCUUAAAGUCAUCUGGCAAAAGAUCGGACGAUGGGAUAUUUUUGUGUUCCAACCUUGAGAGGUUAACCCUAAUGACAAGAAACCACAACCAUUGUCCAUUUAUCAAGGCAUAUGAAGAAGACAUUAAUGCAGAUGGAUUUAACGAUCUUCUGAAAUUUGAAACCAAACUGUUUCUUCCACCAGGUUCACAUGUUAAUGGAUUAUCGAUUAUGUUGAUGUUUGACUACAAACUUUCAAGCUACUGUAGAGCACAAUUGGAGGGUGCGGCUUAUGUCUACCACAGCUCUCCUGUGUCUGGCGCUGGCGUCUCUGUCAUUGGAGACCUCAGUUUAGUUCAGCGGCAGCCCCUGAAUCCUCGACGUCUUGACUUACGAUACAACAAAACUGUCGUCCCGAUGGAUAUCAAUGAUAAUGUUUUUCUCAUGUCCGAUGUUUUGAUGGCCUACGCUCAAAGAAAUUUGACUACAAGAUUGACAAACGUUUACAUUUCUUGGAUCACCAAACGUGUGGAUGCUGAGCCGUUCACGGUUGACGUGACAGUCAUGUAUCCAGAGACUACUGUUAGAUACACUCCAACUACUUGGCAAGUUAUGCGACUUGCUUGGACUCAGUUCUUCCCAGUUCUCAUUGUAUUUGUCUACUUGUUCAAAUCCAUAAAAGAAUUCAUCUUCAGCAACCAACUGGUCACAACUUACAGAGAAGAGCCGCGGGUGAAGGGUUAUUGAGGAAUGAGGAAGGUUUUAAAUAAUGCAAAAUGUAAAUAUUUAUCCAGUUUUGUGUGAAGUAAUGUGGUUUACUUUUGUAUUCAACUAUUUUAGAUACAUUGUGACUUGUACUUGCACAUAUAUUUCCUUUUGUAAAGUGUUUUGUUUCAAGACAAUAAUUGUGGUGGUAAGAGACCUGGUUCAAUUUUCGAUUGUAUGGUUCGAGGUGAGGAUGAACCAAAA